AGUGAGGGAGGGAUUUCCUUUUCCGGGUACGGGUCCCCAGGCGGAGAGCGAGCGAGAGGAGCGAGCGCGCUUGAGCCCCCGGGCGCAGGACGGAGAGGCUGACAAAUGGCUACUAAAAUUGGAGAGAUUCCUCACUUGAAUAAUUCCGCCCCACUUGUGGACCCCUCAGUCUACGGUUACGGAGUAAAAAGACCCCUGGAUGACGGAAGUCUCCGUGUAAGUUGGCUCCAUGGAGCACAGAUAAGAGAGAACCAGAGAAUAGGUAACCAGUUAGGGGCCCUGGUACAUCAAAGGGCAGUAAUAACCGAAGAAUUCAAAGUGCCUGACAAAAUGGUUGGAUUCAUUAUCGGCAGGGGUGGCGAGCAAAUCUCCCGGAUUCAGGCAGAGUCAGGGUGCAAAAUUCAGAUCGCGCCAGACGGCGGUGGGAUGGCCGAGCGACCCUGCGUGCUCACCGGCACGCCAGAGAGCAUUGAACAAGCGAAGCGGCUUUUGGGGCAGAUUGUGGACCGCUGCCGGAACGGGCCCGGCUUCCACAAUGACGUGGACGGCAGCAGCACAAUUCAAGAGCUUCUCAUCCCCGCGUCUAAAGUGGGCCUCGUCAUCGGCAAAGGCGGAGAAACAAUAAAACAGCUUCAGGAACGAACAGGCGUGAAAAUGAUUAUGAUCCAAGAUGGCCCUUUACCGACUGGAGCGGAUAAACCUCUUCGGAUUACCGGAGAUGCUUUUAAAGUACAGCAAGCCAGAGAGAUGGUCUUGGAGAUCAUCCGAGAGAAAGACCAGGCGGACUUCCGAGGCGUGCGCAAUGACUUCACUUCCAGAAUGGGAGGAGGCAGCAUAGAGGUGUCUGUGCCCAGGUUUGCUGUGGGAAUCGUAAUAGGAAGAAACGGAGAAAUGAUUAAAAAGAUCCAAAACGACGCUGGUGUUAGGAUUCAGUUUAAACCAGAUGAUGGGAUUAGUCCGGAAAGAGUCGCGCAGGUCAUGGGACUUCCAGACCGGUGUCAACAUGCAGCUCACAUAAUCAGUGAACUCAUUGUCACGGCGCAGGAGCGUGACGGAUUUGGAAGCCUUGCUGUGGCCCGGGGAAGAGGCCGCGGCCGCGGAGACUGGAGCGUUGGCACCCCAGGGGGCAUGCAGGAAAUCACCUACACAGUGCCGGCGGACAAAUGCGGCCUUGUCAUUGGCAAAGGUGGAGAGAACAUCAAGAGCAUAAACCAGCAGUCUGGAGCCCACGUGGAACUUCAAAGAAACCCACCCCCCAACACAGACCCCAAUGUUCGGAUAUUCACCAUCCGGGGCGUCCCGCAACAGAUUGACCUGGCGAGACAUCUCAUAGACGAGAAAGUUGGUGGUACCAGCCUGGGUGGACCUGGAGGUUUUGGCCAGAGCCCUUUCAGCCAACCGCCUGCUACACCUCAUCAAAACGGUCCUCAGGCGUUCAUGACGCAGGGUUGGGGUGGCACCUACCAAACGUGGCAGCAACCCGGGCAGCAGGUUCCAAGUCAACAAACCCAGCAGCAGAACAGCCAACCGGAUUACAGCAAGGCAUGGGAAGACUAUUACAAGAAACAGAGUCACGCUGCCACGGCUGCUUCCCAAGCCAGCUCCCAGCCCGAUUACACGAUGGCCUGGGCAGAGUAUUACAGACAGCAGGCUGCUUAUUACGGGCAGACAUUAGGGCAAGCUCAGGCCCACAGCCAGGAGCAGUAGAACAACGUCUUUGACUCUCUCUCUCUCUCUUUUUUUUCCGUUUCUUCUCUUCUUUCUUUCUCUCUCAGAAUCAUUGUGGAAGCAAACCUUUUUUGUAACAGAGGUUUCUAGAUUUGCAACAUUUUGAUGAAGACUCUUCUUUUUUUUUGUGAAACACUAGUUGUUAGGAUAAUCUAUACUGAACUUUUUCUAAGAAUCAGGAACAAUUAGUAACGUGUACUAAACUUUAUGGACAUGCUGGGUAAUUUUUUUGGGUUAAUUUUUUUUUUUUUUUUGGCUUUUCGUUUCCAAAUUUGUAAGGAAAAAAGAGAGGAAAAAAAAAAGUAAGUGAAACUCCGGGAUACGUUGUUUUUGUUUGAUUUUUGGAGAGAAACUGGUAUCAAAACCUACCCCAGAGCUAUGACAUUUCAACAAGUGGUUUUUGUGUGAUUUUUUCCCCCCCCAUUCCUCCUUGUGUUUUAAUUUUAAAUCUUUUCUGUUGUAACAGAAAAAGGCUUGGAAGUCUUAGGUGGUAUGUAACAAAUUCUAAAAAAAAAAAAAAAUAUGAAAUUUUUAAAAAACAGUAUUUAAAUAUUCUUAAAUAUGUAAAUUCAUUAAAUAUUUUACUUCUAAUUUCUUGUACCUUGGCUGUCUUUUUUUGAUUUUAUUGCAUUUUUUUUUUAAAAAAAAAAGAAACUGAACUAUGGUAUGUAUUGUAAUUAAUUAUGUGAAUUCUUUAUGAAGACAGUUACUGUUUGCUGUCAGGCAAGUUAUUGUGGGGGGAAUUUUGUAGGGGUUGUAUAAUUUCUAGAGAUCUAAAAGGGGUAAUAUAAAAACAAUGUGUUAAUUUUUUAGCGAUACUAUUUUUCUUUCCAUGUCUCCAUCGUUGGUUGCAUUUGUGUGUCUAAGACCUCCAAGCUUGUUUAAAAACAAAAACAAAAUACCUUUUGUCUAUUUCAGAAAUAAAUACUGUUAUUUUUAAUAUUAAGAUGAAACUGCUAUUAGUACCUUUAACAAACACUGUGGAACAUUAAAUCAUAUAAAAUAGUAGUAACUAUUUUUUAAUUCCAGGGUGUGUGUUUGCUUUUUUUUUCCUCCCCAUUUUUGUUCUCGUUUUGUUUUUAAGUAUUUUCUUAUCUUAAUAUUUGUCAAAAAUUUACUUAGAGAAAUAAAAUGAAAUCUAGUAUUAACCACAGGUAUGCGCUAAAUAAUUUUUUGAUUUAAUAAAAGGGAUAAUAUGGUUUCCAAUGUUUACUGUAGUGUUUUCUUGUACAGAUAACAGUGUAUUUUUAAAGGAGAAAAAAAAAACGGAAGUAAAGCUAUUUUUUCUUGACAUUUUUAAUUGACCUGCGGGACAUUCCGUUUUGAAUUGUACUGAAGUUACUGUUCUAGGAUCCUGUUUUUCCCCCUUAUUUCUUUAUAAUGCUUGAAAUGUCUAACUAUACAGAAACACAAUUGGAUAAUGUUGAGCAUGAUGUGUUUUAAACAAAAAUGUUCUUUUUAUUUGACUGACAGUUGCAUUUUACACUCUCUCUAUAAUAAAAAAACGAAAAAAAGCCCACAAGGUAACUUGCGGGUUAAGUAUUAAA